CACUGGACAAAGCCACUCCUCCCAGCCCAGCAUUCUUUACAGAAUGGCUGGCAUACCGUGGACACCAGUCUAUAUCGCCUUUGCUGCAUAUGCCUACUUCAAAGCGACGUGGCAAACAUUUUUUUACCUGUCCGCCUUGGCCACCAUUGGCAGAGUUGUGUACCGAGUAUUCCUCUAUCCGGAAUUCUUGACUCCUCUGAAGCAGAUUCCGAGCCCGUCCGGUCGAUCAUGGCUUCGUGGCAACUCUAGCACUUUGAUCCUGAGGCAUGACUGGAAGCGACUAGCUCAAUGGCUAGAAGAAAUCCCAAAUGAUGGUCUGAUCCGCUACUAUAUGACUGGCAACCUGGAGCGAUUGAUCGUGACCAAUCCCAAGGGACUCAGUGAGAUUUUGGUGACCAAGGUCUAUGAUUUCGAAAAGCCAGCCUUGGUCCGGGAAUCUCUGGGACGUCUCACCGGCCAAAAGGGGGUGCUGCUAGUAGAAGGUGCCGAGCACAAGCACCAAAGAAAGAAUCUGAUGCCGGCUUUUUCUUACCGUCACAUUAAGAACCUGUAUCCGAUCUUCUGGACGAAAAGCAUCGAGAUGGUGCAAUGCAUUGAGGAUGAUCUACGCGCUCGUGAGGAUUCUUCAGACAACGUGAUUCGCGUGGCAACCUGGUCAAGUCGAGCCACACUCGACAUCAUCGGUCUGGCCGGAAUGAACCGCGAUUUCAACUCCCUGCGCGACCCCACCAAUGAGCUGGCUAGACAGUACGGUAGGAUUAACGGUGCGCCGCCUUCCAAACUGGAGCUGGGUCUUUUCCUUCUGGGCCUCGUGAUGGGAGUACCAACAUGGGUCCACAAACUGCCUUUGAAGAGGAACAAAUAUAUCCGCGAGGGUGCCGAGUAUAUCCGCGCUGUCGCACUGCAGAUGCUCCGUGAGGCGAAGGACCUGCGAGACCAAGAGCAAACCAGCAACGUGAAGGACGGGGUCGAUAUUAUGUCCGUAGCACUCGAGAGCGGCAGCUUCACAGAUGAGGAGCUUGUCGACCAAAUGAUGACCUUCCUUGCGGCCGGACACGAGACCACCUCGACCGCUCUCCAGUGGUGCAUCUACGCACUGUGCAAGUACCCUGAGGUGCAAACCCGCCUCCGAGAAGAGAUCCGUUCCAAUCUACCCUCCAUCUCCGUGGACAAUCCAGAGUCUGUUUCAGCCGAGGUCCUCGAUAAUCUGCCCUACUUGCACGCCGUCUGCAAUGAGGUUUUCCGCUUCCACGCCUCCGUCCCGGUUACCAUCCGCGUGGCAAACCGUGACACCUCUCUCGUCGGCCAGCCUAUCCCCAAAGGCACGCUCAUCUUCCUGUUCCCCGCUAUCAUCAACCACCUCAAGGAACUGUGGGGCCCGGACGCCGAUAAGUUCAACCCCGAGCGCUGGCUGGGACCCGGCAUGGCCAAUACCGGCGGAGCCACCAGUAAUUACGCCUUCUUGACGUUCCUGCAUGGGCCGCGGAGUUGCAUUGGGCAGGGCUUUGCUAAAUCCGAGUUGGCAUGUAUGCUCGCCGCCUUUGUCGGUCGCUUCAAGUUCGAGUUGGAAAAACCGGACGCUGAGCUCGAGCUCCGCGAGGGUGCAACUGUGAGUCCGCGGGACGGUGUGCGGGUCAGAUUGACACCCUUGGAGGGGUGGUAGAGACUGCCGAUAAUGAUCGCUACAUUCUUGUAUUAACUUCGGUGAUGACAUGUUACUUUUAAUCUCGUUGCUACUAAUUAGGUUAGACUGUUUGGAUUGAAGACUCAAGCUUCUAUGUACAGGAAUGGAAAAUGCUAUGUGCUGUCUGACUAUGUAUAAGCUGCAAGUGAUGAUCGCCGUACAGGAUUC